CCGGCUUUUGGUCGGCAGAUCAUUGUUAGAGUGAACGACCAUGAAAUCACGUAUCUUUGUUUUGACAAUCAUAGGGUUUCUAAUACCCUAUUGUGCUGCACUUGAAAGGGACAAAAAAGCCGUACAAUCAUGUUAUGAAUGUUCCAACAUUGCCGACCCAUCACAGUGUACAAGAGUGGUAACGUGUAGAGCUAAUGAGGUCUGUUAUACGGAGGCUCAUUCAACGUCAUCAAUAUUCCAGUCCACAGUGUACUCGUUGGGAUGUCGAGCAUCAACCUUAUGUGACGCAAUAUCCCAUGGCGGUGGUGUGGUUGGAAGAAAAAGAAACGUGCGUCAAUUGAACACGCACUGUAAUAGCUGCUGCCGAACAAACAACUGUAAUAGAAACCUUUGUGGAGGUACAGGAAACACCGGCCCAACGGUUUCGACCUCGAGUUCAACAUAUGUCCGUCUGCUUGGUGGUUCCCAUGCUUACGAAGGUCGGGUCGAGGUCUUUCAUGGCGGAAUCUGGGGCUCCAUCUGUGACGACAAUUGGGGAGGACACGAGGCACAAGUAGUGUGUGGAAUGCUGGGAUAUAGCAGGAGCGGGUCAGGUGGCGCACAAGGAGGCUUAUUUGGAGCAGCUCCAACCUAUGCCAAAAUAUUUAUGGACGAAGUGAACUGUACGGGAACAGAGGCAUCUAUCGACUUGUGUCACUUCAAUGGAUGGGGAGUUCAUGAUUGUGGACAUGACGAAGAUGCGGGUGUUAUCUGCAACUCGGCAAGCACAGAGGACAACAUUAUUUUCUUGCUUGAUACUGGUCUUGGUGGAGUAAUAUUUAGAAUGGACUUGAAUACCCAGAGUUACGUGCCCAUUCCCAUGAACAGUUUGUACACACCCACUGCCUUUGAUUACGAUCCAACUGAUGGCAGAAUCUACUUCGUGGACUACAGGCUCAGACAGUUAAUGAGUGUUCACUUCAGUGGAACAGACGUGAGAGAGCUCAAACAACUCGAUGCAAAUGCCGACUUGGAGAAAAUUCAGGUUGAUCCAAUUAAUCGAAAACUCUUUUACGCGGACACAGGAAACGAUCUUAUAGGUUCUAUUAACCUGGACGGAACCGGAUACCGGGUUGUAGUGAACCAGAGUUUGGAUGAACCACGUGACUUAGCUCUUGUCCCCGCUACACAGACAAUUUACUGGACGGACUGGGGAACAAGUCCCAAAAUUGAGAAAGCCAGUUAUGACGGUUCAAACCGACAAACGCUUGCAUCAACCGGUCUUAAAUGGCCGAACGGUCUUGCAUACGAUUAUGAAGAAAAUAGACUUUACUUUGUGGAUGCUGGAACUCACAAAAUCGAAGCUAUGCAGCCAGACGGUAGUAGUCGAUCCGUCAUCUUGACCGAUUCUUCCGCCCACUUUUUCGCUGUGUCUCCAUACCAUCAAUAUCUUUAUUACACAGACUGGAACCAACACACUGUGAUGAGAGUUAACAAGGAUGGCUCUGGAAAGACAAACAUUGGUCCUACAGGGUUUAGACAACUGGCUGACAUCAGAGUCCACAAGUAUGGAUACGGAAUGCCAGGAGUGGUGACUCCAUCUCUAAUCGUCGUUGAUGAAAGUCACAUAUUUGUCCGUCUCGUGGGAAGAGGAGACCACAACGAGGGUUUGGUGGAGGUGUACAUCAAUGGCGAGUGGGGCACGAUCUGUGACGAUAUGUGGGACGAUAGGGAGGCAAAGGUCGUGUGUGAAAUGCUGGGAUUCGGAAAGACUAAUGCAAAGGCAGUUUCCCGGGCCUAUUAUGGAACAGAUAACUCCAUUAUCAUUUUCCUGGAUGACGUCAACUGUACCGGAGAGGAGACCCACAUAGCUCAGUGUACUAAGAUCGGGGACUGGGGUCUCCAUAACUGUGACCACAGAGAGGACGCAGGCGUCAACUGCACGUUCGAUGUAACUACUAUUCGCGAUUUUGUGUUGGUGGCCGAUUCCUACAUCCAAGAGAUCUACAGAAUGGACCUGGAGACCGGCAGCUACUCCGCCAUCCCCCAGUACAGCGUCAACACCCCUAUAGGCAUAGACUACGACCCCCUGACGCACACUGUGUUCUACUCUGACGUCGGAUUACACUUGAUCAAGAGCACGGACUUAGAUGGAAAUAACGAAAAAAUAUUAAAACGACUUAACAGCGUUGCGAUACCUGAUGGUUUGGUUAUUGAUGUUCAAAACCGCUUAAUUUUCUAUUCCGACACUGGAAAUGACGUCAUUGUGAAAAUGAAUAUGGAUGGUACCGGUGUUGUUAACGUGACUAAUACAAACCUUGAUGAGCCAAGAGCAGUUACCUUAGACGUCGCCAAUCAAGUUAUAUACUGGACAGACUGGGGAGCACAUCCUAAGAUUGAAAAAUCGAACUACGAUGGCUCAAACCGUCAGACCCUCAUCGACAGCGGACUUAAGUUUCCUAACGGACUUGUAUAUGACGGAACAACAAACAAGCUUUACCUGUGCGAUGCUGGGACCAAUAAGAUUGAAGUAAUGGAUACGAAUGGUCAGAACCGACAGCUGAUCUUCCAGGAUGCUGGCGCUCAUUUCUUUGGAAUUGACGUGGACUCCCAGUAUAUUUACGUGUCAGACUGGACUAAAGAUGGAGUCAUUAGGUUGAACAAAGACGGGUCUGGAGAGACACCCGUCGGACCCCCAUCAUUCGGGAAACUUAAUGGAAUAUCUCUCUACCACCAAGGGGGAUGAUUCAAGUGUUCAUACAUCAAAAUGACUUUCAAUCCCGGUCAUUUCACAUAGACAAUAAGUUUAACCAUGCUGUGUUUGAAUAAAAGUUUGAAAUAUA